AUGGAUCCGGCAUCCGAGGAGCUCAAGCGCCGCGGCCACUACCUCAGCUCGCUCAUCCGCCGCACCAAGCUCAAUGUCGCGCCCGCCCGGCCACCUCCUACUUCUCACCCGGAGCCAGAGACGAAGCUGGAGUGGGAGCGCUCACCCAUCCGCCGCACCAAGCUCAAGCUCAACGCCGCUCCCGCCCUCCCUCCUUCUACCACUCACCCGGAGACUAAGAAACUGGAGCGGGAGCUGGGACGUAAGAGCCAGAACCUCGUGGAGGCCAAGGUGGUGGUGGAGGAGAAGGAAGUGAAAGAGGGCGACGGAAAGGGGAAGGAGGAGAGGAAGGUCUCGGUGCGGGUCCGGGCGGCCGACAUGCCGGUGGUGCUACAGCGGCGCGCGAUCCGGCUCGCCUACGAUGAUGUCUCUACAACACUGCGGGCCGACGGCAAGCGUCUAGCCCUCGCGCUCAAGAAGGUACACCAUCCAUCUCGUGAUAAAAACUUCAACCGGUUACUGCUCUUUGGUAGCUAGGGAUAAAUGCUUGUGCACUUGUGCCGCGAGCACAUUGUUGAAAUCGUUUGGUGUUGUGGACCUGGUGCAGAGAAAAUGCAGUCAUGCAGUGGUAGUAGAUAUGCAAGUGAUUCAGAUUUAGAACAUCUCUAGCAGAUCCGCUAAAAUCCGAUACUGCAAAAUCGUUUGAGGCAUGCCACAAAAACAAUUUUGCGCGAACGUGAAUGCCCCAGCA